AUGUCCGCUUUCACCACUGUUGAUGCUCAAUCCUCAUUGACGACGACGACGACGACAACUGUCUUUGCAACUGUUGGGAAUCAUAAGACCGUAACAUCCAUCCUCGGAGACUGCGCCACCUGGAACGGACUCCCCGGGUGCAACGAAGUUACAUGGGUACCUCGUUCAUCCCCAAGCAUGAGCUCUGGCUCUGGCUCCGGCCCAUCUACGUCGACCAGCACUACCCGUUCGAUUGCUCCCAUUCCAACGCUAGGCGAAGCCUUUGUCUUGCACGGACAGGGUAUAUACAACAGCCUGUACGUCCAAUUCGACGACAACACUGGAAGAGCCGUUCUCGCAAAUAUAGGCACCAGUCGAUUUGUCUCAUUUAGACUCGAUGAAGAGAAUAACGGGCUUCUUCAAAACGCACAGGAUCCUACAGAACUGGUCUUCGCACACUUAAAUUCUUCGGCUAAUAGUGCUACCUUCGCGGGGGAAUCCAAAAGGGUUCGAUCCGUGCUAAGAGAGGUACAUUAUGCUGUUGGUGUACAAGAGAGCCUUACCCGAUCCGAUUAUCUCACGAAAUGGUUUUGGAAUUCAACGACUGGAGCGUUGGAAUUAUCUUACAAUGGCAGGAAAUCGUGGGAAUUUUAUCAAGUUAGGGGCUCUAGCUCUCACCGAAAGCGUGCACCCUCAUUCUACUUAUACCUACUACCGGCCGGUUUUACCGUCCCUAGGGGUAGCUCCAUGGAAAAAGUUCUACUCGCACCGAAGGGUACCAGGCGCUAUUCAAGUCUCUUAUCCUCCGCUAGUCCGACUCCGACCACCCGUAUCAUAUUCAGUGGGACAACUAGACUCGCUUUAAUCUCUUCAGCUUCUAGUACUAGUUCUCCCGCUACAUCAAUAUCUUCAACGAGUACGAGUUCCGAGUCUAGCUCCAGCCCAAGCUCUAUCCGUAGCUCUAGCAAUGCUAUCGAUGCCUACGAUGCAAUAACACAAUUUGGCCUCGAGAACUUCUGUACCGAGUUUCUCUCAUAUACAGCGCCCGUGGCAAUUGCAACGGUAACAUCUACGAGCUAUAGUACAUCUUACUACGCCGCUGCUACAGAAGCGAGUACGAAAGUAACUAGCACUAAUACCGUAGGGAGGAGCACAUCUGUCACUAUAAUUCCCACACGUCGACGCUCAAUUCGCUCUGAAAUGGAUCUGCUGCAAUUUCAAGAACGGGCAACACCGGUCCAACUUACCAUGUAUGCUAAUGAAUCCGUCUCAUCAGCAUGCUCAAAAGUCUUAGCCUCGUUAUCAACGACGUCUACCACCACAGCUUUUGCCGAUACCGUCGUGGCGGAAGAAAUCCAAUCAACACUCAUUACCAGCACGGUCUAUGAAGUAGCUACAGCUACCGUGGAUGUUGUAGCCCAAACCGCCAGUAACGUCGGAUACGUAAAAUUGAUCACCCCAGACAAUGUCAAAGACCCAUUUUACCCAUACUUCGGACUUUUCCUAGUAAACUACAGGAACCGUGUCCCGGAUCCGGGAACGUGCGGGCGGGUUUUAGCCUCGGUCAAUCCCAGCUAUCUCCAUACCUUUAACUUUGGAUACUCUACUACCGCAGAUGCACAUCAGUUCUUUCUGAACUCGAACUGUGUCAUGGGGUUCGUAGGGAGACCGCCAGUGAGUAACUGGACUGUUCAUGCUUCCAAAGCGGCAUUGAACCUAUGGGAAUUGGACUCUGCUCAUAAGCAUGUACCGUUUUAUUGGCAGUAUAAUGCUACGACUGGUAUUGCUCGCCCGGAUUAUGACAAAAUGCCGGAGGUGUUGAGAGGAGGGACUUUUUGGAUAUGUGUGACGUUUCCGGCGCUUUAUUCUGUGUACUUUUAUCCUGCCUUGAGCGACCUAAAUGGGUAUAAGAAGGAUAUUUGUUCGGAUACUGGGAUGAAUCAUCUUCUUUUUACGCCUACUGCGGAUUGA